AGGGUCACACAUCAAUAGAGGAAACGACAGCGUUUAAUUGCUCUAGAAUUUUCACCUUCGAUAAGGUGUUCACGACAGGACAGGGAAUUUUCCUCUGUUACCAUAAUCGUUCGUGCUGUUUCACCGUCAAGGACUCCGCUGUAGCUUGUCCGUCCAGGUAAAAUAUUAUCUACUUUAAAUGGGAAGUAAAGGUCGGAUUCCACCUUCUCAUCUAAGGCGUCCUCAUCCUGGGUCAGGUAUAGUGCACCCUGAUGCAUUUGUUUCUGGUGUACGCCCUCCACUUGGUCCCUAUCCUCCUUUUGACAUGUUACCACCCCCGGAAGUUAUGGAACAAAAGCUUGCUGCACAACAUGUGGAGAUGCAAAGACUUGCAACAGAGAACCAGAGGCUGGCUGCCACACAUAGCAACUUGAGACAGGAACUUGCUGCUGCACAGCAUGAGUUGCAGAUAUUACAUGCUCACAUAGGUGCUAUCAAGUCUGAAAGAGAACUACAUAUGAGGAGCCUUGUGGAUAAAAUUUCCAAGAUUGAAACAGAGCUGAAGGCUGCAGAGCCUGUUAGGUCGGAGUUGCAUCAGGCACGAACAGAAGCUGAGAACUUGGUUGUAGCAAGGCAGGAGCUUGUGUCGAAAGUGCGUCAUUUGACUCAGGAUCUUCAUAGGGCCCAUGCAGAUGUGCUGCAGAUUCCUGUUCUGAUGUCUGAACUUGAAAGCCUCAGGCAGGAAUAUCAGCGAUGCAGGGUUUCAUAUGACUAUGAAAAGAAAUUAUUCAGUGACCACCUGGAGUCACUUCAGGCCAUGGAGAAGAACUAUGUUACAAUGUCUAGGGAAGUGGAAAAGCUUCGUUUAGAACUUACUAACACAGCUAAUGCUGAUAUGAAAACUGUUGCUGGUGGGCCAUAUGGUGGUGCCACUGGGAACAAUGAGAAUGAGGCUUCUGGUCGGCCUGUUGGACAAAAUAUAUAUGAAGAUAGCUAUGGUGUUCCUCAUGGCCAGGGCCAUUCUGCCGUUCCUGGUAACUCUGGUGCUGGAGCUGGUGCUGCCAAUGCUAAUAUGGUAGCUAAUUCUGGUACUGGGACUCCUACUUAUGCCGGAGCUCCAUCUAGCUCCACAGCUCCAAAAUCUGCUUAUGAUGCAUCCAGAGUCCCUGGAUAUGAUUCAUCAAGAGGACCUGGAUAUGAUGUAUUGAGAGGAGCUGGUUAUGAUGCACAAAGGGGACACAAUUAUGAUGUUCAGAGGGGACCUGGAUAUGAUAUAUCAAGAGGACCUAGUUACGAUGCACAAAGAUUACCUGCUUAUGAUGCUCAGAGACUACCUGGUUAUGACAUCCAUAGAGGACCGGCAUAUGAUGUGCAACGAGGACCUCAUUAUGAUGCAUCCAGGGGUGCUGGCUAUGAUGCAGCCUCAAGAGCAGCUUCAAGAGCAACAACUGGACUGCAAGGACAAAUGGUAGCGGCAAACAAUAUGCAUUAUGGGUCUACAACGCCACCAGCUCGUGCUGGAAAUGGGUAUGAGGCACCAGCUCGAGGUGGAAACCACCCUGUUAGGAGAUGAGCACUUAGAUAAUGCAGUCGAAAUGAAAUAUGAAAUCUAAAGCAUGUCCCUUUUGGGCAUCUUUUUCAUUGUUAUCAUUUUUAUAAUCUAGUUGGCCUCCUGUGGCUGCACUCAUUAGUAGCAAUAGUAUUGCUGCAUGCCUUGAGCGCCCUUUCUGCCCCUCCAAACCCCAAUCCUGUUGGGUUUAUGAAUUUCUCAGUUGUAUUCACAUCACAUGUUCAUAACUUUCUUUCAUUUCGAGUUAUAUUAUCACACUCCUUCAGCAA